CAGCUGGAAGCGUCUGGCGAAACUCACGUCCGUUCGAAUUCAUUUUCAUUUCCACAUUUCCACCAAUAUGGCCACGACGUCGUCGCCGAUGCUCCAGGUCACGGCCGUCGCUGCCGCCUCGAUGGCCGUCGUGGCCUGCAGCAUGCUCCUCCGCCGCCUCAGCUUCCGCGAGACGAGCCCGCGCCCGAUGCGCCUCACGGCCAGCGAUGCGCCGGCGGCCAUGGCCCGGCCGGCGUUCAAGCGCCCGCACCGCAGCAAGCCGCUACCGCUGCCCGCCGUGCGCGAAGACGCGGAAGAGACGGGCGAGACGCUCAGCGACAGCAGCAGUGCCAGCCCUCGCACGUCGCGCCGCCGACCGCGCAUCCAAACCGUCAAGCACGCGUGGCGCGCGAUCCAGUCCGUGGGCGAAGCGUACCUCUAUACAGGCCGCGGGCGACGGGAGCUCGAGGCCGCCAUGAACUUUGUUGUGACCGGAGCGACGCAGCAGCUCGGUCUCGACUCGCUCUCGCAGCUCUUCACCAAGCACCCGACGGCCGCAGCGCUCUUGUACGACCACGUCGAUGUGAUCCAAAGCACGGCGCAUGCGCGUGGCGAUGUGGUGCUGAGUCGCCUCGCCGGCGGCCUCCUCGGCGUCUUGCAGCAACUGGACGCUGCCGUCGACGUACCGUCCACGUACACGCUGCUCUAAUGUCGCCUCGACUUUUCAACUGCUACGCUCCUCGGCGUAGAGUACACCACUACGAGUGCUAUCCAGACACUAUCCAAUGCACUAUCUAUUUAAUCCUUCGCUCUAUCCUGUACCUACGACAAAGAGGCGCCGACCAAGGGAGGCGGCCACAAGGACCGAUGCUCCCAGGAUGGGUGCGCGAAUCUUCCGAGCCUCCACCUCGUCAGGCAGCGACAACGUCGACGUCAUGACCCCAACGCCCCUACAAAGCGCGUGAGUCACGGAUGAGUGUCAUCUGGUCCAGCACCGAAUUCUGGUACCGUCCACCAAGUGUUGUCUGGUUGUGCGAUCCAGAUUCAUGUGGCGAAUCACAAAGCAGCACGUCGAUACAUGUCAUCGCACACGUCGAUCUUUGCGCCCCUUUUAUACUCGCUUGCUCGACACGCUUCAUUAAAUGACUACCUUAAAUGACUACCGGUACUACUACACUCAA